AUGGGCACUCCCUGGCAGAGCCAAUGCAAGAUGAAGUCCAAAUCCUCCUCAUCGACAACUUGCAUUGAAGCGAAAAUGGAAUCCCUAGGCAUCGCAUGUUGGGACUUUGCUUAUCCGACGGGGAGGUGCAGCUUGACUGCCACAAGCAGCAAGAAGAACCGUGUCGCAAUGAGAACGAGACGGAAAUCAAAAACGAAACCGAUACCUGCACCACACCCGUGUGUGCUGCGAGCAGAGGGCAUGCCUGCUAAAGUCGAGGAUGAGGACGAAGAUGAACGUGACGUCGCCGACACUCCUGGCCUCAUUGAGGGCAAGACUGAACAGAGAGCAUCGUGGCAGGCGCAUAGAACAAAAUCCGACCGAACGGCUUCCGAGACGCGAACAUACCUCCUUUCCUCGCCCACGAUAUCCUCCAUCAGCUAUCCACAAACACAGACCACCAUUUCCACACUGCUUAUGACGCCGCACACGCAAUUGAUUUACCUAGUCCCGCAAUCGCAUAUUACGAGCACACGCGUGUGCGAGAUCUCGCGCCUUCCCCGCGCGGGAGGCAGUGCAAUCCAAGUCCUCCCCGUCAGCCCUUCCUACUCGAUGAGUGGCGAGAGGCAGUGCACCACCACAGACAGUAUGGUGUCCGACACCGAAAUGGAUGGUCUCGACGGAGUUGUGAACAAAGUCCUCAAAUAUACCAAAGCGCGGGUGUUUGAUGGGUAUUUGGCCUUCGAAGAUGACCGGGAUAGUUGGACUUUCCUGGAAAAAGUCGGGAAGGGCGUCAAGAAGGCAGCGGAUGGUGGUACUGCGGUUCGAAAGUCUGGGAGGAAGUGA